GAAGCGUCUGGGUCAACGGGACAGUGACCAGUAACAAACAGUUGGACAGAAUAUGUGAUGCUAUUCGGGAUGGAAAGCUCGAACAGCAGCCAUGUACCAAAAGUUUACCAUUUAUUUGCCAAAAGUCAUCUAGAACUGUGGGGCAAAUGACCAUGGAAGGUGACAGAAGCUCUGUUCAUCAAAUGAAAGACGACAUCGUAGUUGAGAAUAUGACAUCUGCUACCCCACAACCACUUUGGUGUCCGGUACAAACCACCUCUCAUGAUGACUUGGUCAUCUGGUACAAAGAUGGCUCACCAAUUCCACCAGAGUCUGGAAACCAAAACCAAUGGACAUCCACAAUCAGUCGGAGUCCUGGUAUCCUCCACUUAACCACAGACCUUCUGAGGAGACUGGGGUACAGCAAACGGUUCCGCCAGCCGGCCAUGCUUCAAGGCCUGUACUGGUGCAAGGUGUGGCGCCCUCACCCCUUGACCUCCUUGUCGUCAUACAAAAUCUUUGUCCGCUUUACAGAUGUAAUAACACUCCAAGGAUUUGUCAAAAGCACGGGCAUAUCACCGGAAACAGAAACAUUUUUCAACAAAAUGAAAAACAUGAACAGUCUGCCAGGCAUCAUCUCACGUGACAUGGAGAGAAUAAACGAGGAGGCGCUGAGAGAUGUGAGAGACAGACAACCUUAUCUUCAGGACAUCAUGUCCACCGUCACCCGUGUCGAUGCAGACACGUCGGAGACAGAAAUGCGGACAUACCUGUGUCUCUCUGUCAACAAUCUACCUGUGCCAGUCAAGGGACUGUUAGUGGAAGAGUAUUUACAACUCUGUUCACCUGCAGCUGCUUGCCAGCCAGGAGUACCUGCAAGGCUGGAAUGUCAGCCUGUCGCCAGACAAGGCCCUGCGCUUCUCAGUGACAGUUCACCACUGACAUUUCUCUCUGUCGCAGAGAUGUGUCCUCAGGCCAAGUUGCUGGACAAGUCCACGGGUCACGAGGCCACGUUUCCUAGUACUCCUGUCAACCAUCUUGCCAUGAGCAAGGAGUUCUGCGACGGAGAUUUUGUUGGCUAUGCCAUGUGCUCUGGGAACCUACGGACUGGGUCUUCAUGGGGCCACAGGCAGAUUGAGCAUUCCUGUAACAGCACUGGUCACGUCCACAUUGAGCCCGAGAAUGUUGCUGACGUCACAAACCGUCUGGAACGUAUUCUGACUUCAACGGAUCAGCUGACCGAAGUGGAUGUGGAGGCUGUGGCCGGCGUCAUCAGUCGCAUCACCGUCGUGCCUGUCCUGCCCGUUGAUGUUGGCCAGCAUUUACUACAGAUAGUAAGCCGAGUGUUAGACAGUCCACCUGAAGUUCUCAGGAGAGCACAGGAGCAGUCCAAUGCUACCACGAGGUUAGUGUCACUCCAGUUCUACUCGUUUUCUUAA